AUGGACACCCACAACCUAACCACCAUCUCAAAGUUCAUCCUCACAGGGUUCUCUGACCUCCUGGAAGUGCGCUACCCACUCUUUGUGGUCUUUGCUGUCAUCUAUCAGGUCACAUUGAUGGGAAAUGGGGCCAUUCUCCUUGUUAUUGGAACUGAGAAAAAGCUCCACACACCGAUGUAUUAUUUUUUGGCAAAUUUGGCCCUCUUAGAUAUUUUCUGUCCAUCAACUACUGUUCCCAAGUUGCUCAAGAACCUCUUAACCAAGGAACAAAGCAUUUCUUUUGUUGGAUGUGCUUUGCAGCUCUUUCUACUGGUGGCCCUCUUAGGGACUGAAGUCUUCCUUCUCGCUGUCAUGUCUUAUGACAGGUAUGUGGCCAUAUGUUUCCCCCUCCAUUACAACCUCAUCAUGACAAAAGGACUCUGUGUCCAGCUCACCACCAGUACUUGGGCAGCAGGGUUUCUCCACUGUGCAGUACACACAGUUUUCACAUUCCGCCUGUCUUUCUGUAAGUCUAAUCGAGUCAACCAGUAUUACUCUGAUGUCCCUCCAGUGGUGGCCCUCUCCUGCUCUUCCACAUACAUGGCAGAAAUGCUUAUCUUACUGGUAGGAGGUAUCUUAGCAGUCAGCACCUUCCUGAUCACUGGUAUCUCUUAUACCUACAUCAUAUCCACCAUCCUGAAGAUCAGGUCAGCGGAAGGGAAGCACAAAGCCUUCUCCACAUGUGCUUCCCACUUCCUGGUGGUUUGUUUGUUCUACAGCACAGUGUUAUCUAACUAUGUCCGCCCAUCCUCCAGUCACAACUCCCCAGCCAGAGACAGGCUUAUCUCAAUGAUGAAUGUAGUUAUUACCCCAAUGUUAAAUCCUAUCAUUUACAGCCUUAGAAAUGUAGAGGUAAAAGGAGCACAGAGAAAUGUUUUAUGUCAUAAAACAUGUUUGUGCAAGGAUGAUAAUACUCAUUUUGCAAUCCUCUUAAACUGGUUCCACAAGAAGUUUUGGAAGUAUUCAUAUAACUGA